AUGGCCAACAAGGUCCUCCAGCGCGUCCUCGACCGCCUCCAGGACCUGCCCCAACUCGCCCUCCCGACAGACUACCCGCGACCGGCCGGCGACCACUCGCUGUCGCUCGUCGAGGCUCGCGAGCAGCGCCGCCUCGACUCGCGCACCGGCCAAGCCCUCUUGCGCCUGAGCCUCCGCGGGCCGUCGGCGUUCCACAUCCUCCUCGCCGCGUUCGCCGUCCUCUUGCACCGGUACACGGGCGACACGGACCUCGUCAUUGCCACGUCGUCGCCCUCGUCGCCCGAGCCCCUCCUCCUGCGCAUCAAGCUCGACACGACCGACUCGUUCUGGUCCCUCGUCAAGCGCGUCCAGUUCCUCGAGCAGGAGGCCGAGGACGACAAGGUGCCGUACGACGACCUCGUCGACGGCGCGCCCGCACCGCCGCCCGUGUUCCGCGUCCGGUUCAUCGACCAGACCGAGCAGCCCGACUCGGCCUUCCUCGAGCAGACGUCGUCGACGACCGACCUCACCGUCUUUGUGUCGACCACGCCCUCGUCCGGCACGACGACCCCGUCGUCGCUCCGCACCUCGUUCCAGUUCACCCCGCCGCGCAUCUCCCUCACCCUGUCGUACAACUCGCUCGUGUUCUCUCAGCCGCGCAUCGCCCUCGUCCUCGACCAGCUCGCGCACCUCGUGCACCACGCGGCGGCGCACCCGCAGGACCAGGUCGGCAGCAUCUCGCUCCUCACGACCCGCCAGCGCAAGCUCCUGCCCGACCCGCGCGCCGACCUCGAGUGGACCGGCUUCCGCGGCGCCAUCACCGACCUGUUCAGCGCCAACGCGCGCGAGUUCCCCGACCGCUCGUGCAUCGUCGAGAGCGUCGCCGACGACGCCGCCGGCGGCGAGCGCACGUUCACGUACCGCCAGAUCGACGAGGCGAGCAACGUGCUCGCCCACCACCUCGUCGACGGCGGCGUCGAGCGCGAGGACGUCGUCACCGUGUACUCGACCCGCGGCGUCGACCUCGUCGUCGCCGUCAUGGGCAUCCUCAAGGCCGGCGCCACGUUUUCCGUCAUCGACCCGGCGUACCCGCCUGCCCGCCAGACGAUCUACCUCCAGGUCGCGCAACCGCGCGCGCUCGUCAUCCUCGCCGCUGCCGGCAAGCUCCUGCCGCCCGUGCGCCAGUACGUCAAGGACAAGCUCGACAUCCGCGUCGAGGUGCCCGCCCUCGAGCUCAAGGCCGACGGCGUCCUCCUCGGCUCGUCCGGCGCCUCGUCCUCGUCGUCGUCGUCGUCGUCGUCGGGCGACGUCCUCGACGCGCAGCGCUCGCGCGCCGCCGAGCCGCUCGGGAUCGCGCUCGGGCCCGACAGCGUCGCGACGCUGUCGUUCACGAGCGGGUCGACGGGCAUCCCCAAGGGCGUGCGCGGCCGGCACUUUUCCCUCACGCACUUUUUCCCGUGGAUGCGCGAGCGGUUCGACCUGAGCGCCGAGAGCCGGUUCACGAUGCUGUCGGGCAUCGCGCACGACCCAAUCCAGCGCGACAUCUUUACGCCCUUGUUCCUCGGCGCGAGCCUGUACAUCCCGACGGCCGAGGACAUUGGGACGCCCGGGCGCCUCGCCGAGUGGAUGGCCGACAAGCGCGUCACGGUGACGCACCUGACGCCGGCCAUGGGCCAGCUGCUGUCGGCCCAGGCGUCGCGCCUCAUCCCGUCGCUGCGCAACGCGUUCUUCGUCGGCGACAUCCUCACCAAGCGCGACUGCACGCGCCUGCAGCAGCUCGCGCAAAACUGCCGCAUCAUCAACAUGUUUGGCACGACCGAGACGCAGCGCGCCGUGUCGUACUUCCCGAUCCCGCCCCUGUCCGAGGACCCGACGUUCCUCAAGACGCGCAAGGACAUCAUGCCGGCCGGCUCGGGCAUGGUCAACGUCCAGCUCCUCGUCGUCAACCGCAGCGACAAGAACCAGAUCUGCGCCGUCGGCGAGGUCGGCGAGAUCUACGUGCGCUCGGGCGGGCUCGCCGAGGGCUACCUCCAGCUCCCGGACGCGACGCGCGACAAGUUUGUCGACAACUGGUUCGGCGCCGGCAUCGAGCGCGACGACGCGAUCCGCGACGGCGACGGCGACGGCGACGCGCCGUGGAAGCGCCACUGGCUCGGCGUGCGCGACCGCAUGUACCGCACGGGCGACCUCGGGCGGUACAACCCGGACGGCACGGUCGAGUGCACCGGGCGCGCCGACGACCAGAUCAAGAUCCGCGGGUUCCGCAUCGAGCUCGGCGAGAUCGACACGCACCUGAGUCGGCACCCGGCCGUGCGCGAGAACGUGACGCUCGUGCGCCGCGACAAGUACGAGGAGAAGGUCCUCGUCGCGUACUUUGUCCCGCUCGUCGGCAGCAAGGAACUCGAAGGGCUCGUGUCGGGCGGCGAGGACGAUGACGACCAGGGCGACGAGGGCGACGCGGCCGGCGAGGCGGCGAGGCGCAGCGGCGGCAAGGUGUCGCAGACCGAGGUCGCAAAGGGCCUCAGGCGGUACCGCAAGUUGAUCCGCAGCAUCCGCGAGUACCUCAAGACCAAGCUCCCGAGCUACUCUGUCCCUUCCGUCAUCGUCCCGCUCGCGCGCAUGCCCCUCAACCCGAACGGCAAGGUCGACAAGCCGGCGCUGCCGUUCCCCGACACGGUCGCCGCCGCCGCCGCGCUCGUCUCGUCCGCUCCGUCGUCGUCGUCGGCCGGCGGCGCCAACGGCGCUCAGCAGCAGCUGUCGUCGACCGAGAAGACGAUCCACGACAUCUGGAUGCAGCUCCUCCCGUCGCCGCCGGCCGAGAUCCCGCUCGACGAGUCGUUCUUCGACCUCGGCGGCCACUCGAUCCUCGCGACGCGCCUCAUCUUUGAGCUGCGUCGCUCGCUCGCCCCAGGCGCGCCGCUCGGCCUCGUGUUUGACUUCCCGACGAUCCGCGCCCUCGCCCACGAGCUCGACCAGCUCCGCAACGCCGACCUCGGCCUGGCGUCGGGCGACAAGAAGCCGUCGGCCGGCGCCGAGGCGGCCGCCGCCGCCGACAACGAGUACUCGGAGGACGCCGACAAGCUCGUGUCGUCGCUGCGCGCGUCGUACGACAAGCCGACGUCGACCGGCGCGCGCAGCGGCGACGGCCAGGUCGUGUUCCUCACGGGCGCGACCGGGUUCCUCGGCGCGUUUAUCCUGCGCGACCUGCUCGACCGCACUCGGCGCGGCGACAAGGUGCGCAAGGUCGUGUGCCACGUGCGCGCCGGGUCGGCCGACAAGGCGCUCGCGCGCCUGCGCGAGAGCGGCGAGGGCCGCGGCGCGUGGGACGACGCGUGGGUGAGCGAGGGCAGGCUCGAGGUCGUCGUCGGUGACCUUGAGGGCGACAAGCUCGGCAUGAGCGACGACGACUGGACGAGGGUCGCCCAGGAGGCCGACGUCAUCGUGCACAACGGCGCCAUCGUCCACUGGGUCUACCCGUACAAGCAGCUGCGCGCCGCCAACGUCCUCGCGACGCUCGCCGUCAUCGAGCUCGCGGCGACGACUCGGCCCAAGGCGCUGUCGUUCGUGUCGACGACGGCCGCGAUCGAGAAGGCGCACUACGUGCGCCUGUCGGAGAGCAUCAAGCAGGCCGGCGGGCAGGGCGUGCCCGAGUCGGACCCGCUCGACGCGGGCAAGCAGGGGCUCAAGGGCGGGUACGGCCAGAGCAAGUGGGUCUCGGAGCGCCUCGUGCUCGAGGCCGGCCGGCGCGGCCUCGCCGGGUCGAUCGUGCGGCCGGCCUACAUCGUCGGCGACUCGCAGUCGGCCGUCACCAACACGGACGACUUCCUGUGGCGCCUCGUCAAGGGCUGCAUCCAGCUCGGCCACAUCCCCGACAUCCACAACACGAUCAACAUGGUGCCGGUCGACCACGUUGCGCGCAUCACGGCGUGCGCGGCGCUCCAGGACCCGUCGACGCCGCUCAAGGUGCACCACGUCACGGCGCGCCCGAUGCCGCGCUUCAACUCGUUCCUCGCCGCGCUCAAGCUGUUCGGGUACGGCGUCGCGACGACCGAGUACCUGCCGUGGCGGACCUUGCUCGAGCAGCACGUCCUGCGCGUGCAGGACAACGCCCUGUUCCCGCUCCUCCACUUUGUCCUCGACGACCUCCCGACCUCGACCAAGGCGGCCGAGCUCGACGACGCCAACACGGUCGCGCUCCUCAAGGCGGCGCAGCAGCCCGAGGGCGUCACGGUCGACGACGAGCAGAUGGGCCGGUACCUCGCGUGGCUCGUCGCGGCGGGCUUCCUCGAGGCGCCGCCGCGCGAGGGCGAGCAGGGCGUCAAGCCGCUCCCGCAGCUCGAGCUCCAGGUCGGCGGUGCACGCGCCAUCGGUCGCUCGAGCGCGGGCAAGUAGAGCUGUGAGGGGGAGCGAGCGCGGAGGAGGGACGACUCGAGCGAGGAGGUUUCUCUCCCCCUGCGUCCAAGUUUGAUAGACAGCAAUGAGCAACAAGGAUCUUUGUCCGU